CAGUGAUACUUCGGCAUCGAACGUUUUCGUUUUGAAAGUAAAUACCUUGGUAUACAUCAUGUCUGGACGCGGAAAAGGCGGCAAAGUUAAAGGAAAGGCAAAGUCCCGUUCGAACAGAGCUGGUCUUCAAUUUCCUGUUGGUCGUAUACAUCGUCUCCUACGUAAAGGGAAUUAUGCCGAACGUGUCGGUGCCGGUGCUCCGGUAUAUCUGGCUGCUGUAAUGGAAUACUUGGCUGCUGAAGUUUUAGAAUUGGCGGGUAAUGCUGCUCGAGACAACAAGAAGACCAGAAUUAUUCCACGACACUUGCAGCUGGCAAUCAGGAAUGACGAAGAGUUGAACAAACUGUUGUCUGGAGUUACCAUAGCUCAAGGAGGUGUUCUGCCUAACAUUCAAGCAGUCUUGCUACCAAAAAAGACCGAGAAGAAAGCAUAAUUUGCUUCAUCUACAUUGACACUAAACGGCCCUUUUCAG